UAAACGACGUUUCUGUGAUGGUAUGACUUGUGAAUUACGUUAACCGCGUAGGGUUGUUCGUUUUUUUCUAGUGAAAAGCUGUUAUAGUGGUGAAUACUAUAGUAUAUGAGUUGAUAUAGUAGUGUAUUCUUAUUUGGUGAAUAUAGUGUAUUCUUGACAGGACACGUCUCAUUCAUCCAUCGCACCAGAGGGCGGUCUGCUGCAGGAGUCCGACUCUAUUCAAUAAUAUACACACAAUAAUUAUUUUCCAGAAUAACCUUUUCCUUUAAGUGCAAGCCUAGACAAAAUGGUCCACUAUUUACUGUUUCAGUUAUUUCUAAGAUAUAUUCAAAUGCACAUUUUGCUCUUUGGUUUUUACAAUACUAUAUUCCAUAUACGUGAGAUUAGAGAAGCGUAUAGUGCGAAUUAAAGCACUUUUGGUGAGCUAGGUUUAUGUAGGGGUUGUUUCUAGUUAGCAGCAACGAUGGCUGACUACAGCACUAGGGUGCUGACUUCUGAUUGGGUACAGAACGCUUACUCAAGUGAAGAUCUUCUGAGUGUGGAUGCUUCUGAGUGUCUACUUGGAGUAUGUGGGGUAGCAGACGAAGAGGAAUCCUCUUCAGCGAGUGUGGAGAAUGGAACCUGGGACCCCUUUGGAAUGGACCAGGUUAGGAUGAUCAGAAUAGAGGGCACGCAUCCAGAGUGGUGCCAGGAGGUGAGAGGCGAUGGCGUCGACCACGACACCGACAGGCUGGAGGCAGCGUACGCCCUGCCCUCGGAGGACCAGGGCACACACUUUAUGGGUGAGGGGAUGACCGUGGGAGACUCCAUGGAGGAGCCGGAGGAGCCCCUCGUAGGGUACGCCGACCUGGCGACGGAGGGGGACAGUUAUGAGUUCGUGUGUCCAACCGCAGAGGAGUCCAAGCCUCCCACAGGCAGGGAACACCUGCGACGGCCCUUGGCUAAAAAGAUCGGAAAGUACGGCGCGCCGUUGGGGCAGAGGCGACCGGACGCCGACAGCACGGCCUGUAACGACCUCCAAAGCUCACAGAGCCCGACCGGCGGCGGAGGGAUCACCAGCGAGGCGCACAGGACGGACCCGAGGACCAAGGCGGUGGUGUGCGGCCUGUGUCCGCCGCCGGGCAAGGUGUUUAAGAACAUGGCGGGCUUCUCCGUGCACCUGAAACAGCUGCACCACAACGGCUUGGGGAAGAGCUUCUUCUGCGGCAUGUGCCAGAAGCACUGCCGUAACCAGCUGGUCCUGGACGACCACAUAAGGCGGCACGCCAGCAAGGCGGCCGUCUUCCAGUGCCCCCUGUGCUCCUUCAAGGCCCCCGGCAAGAUCAGGAAGAGAGGGGUCAAGGGUCGCUUCGGGAUCAGGGUCCACUUUGAGAAGGAGCACCCGGGGAUCGUUCCCGAGUGCAAGAUCUGCGAGAAGGACUUCCGGAACUUGGACUCGUACCUGAAGGACCAGGUCAGGCACAUCGGGGUCACUCCGUUCUACUGCCCCGAGUGCCAGAUCUACGAGAUGACAGAGAGGGGCCUGCUGGUGCAUAUGAGGAACCACAACAAGGAGAAGGGGCGUGGGCAUGGGGAGAGGGAGGAGGUGGGAGAGGAAUCCCCCACAGGAGGCUUAGACUGUUACUGACAUUACAAUGUGAUGUUAGUGAGUCCCUCAGACCCAGGACAGACGCCAGUAGAUAUGCUCUGACAUCAUCUGUCCCUAUAGUAGGGCUGAACGAUUAAUCGAAUCGAGGAACUUAAUAAAUUAUAAAAAUCACACAUUAAAUCGCAAUCGCAAUAUUGGUACAAAUAAUUGCAAUUCGAUUAUUUCCCCAAAUCGUUCAGCCCCACCCAAUAGCCUUACAAAAGUGACUUUUCACUUUGGACUUUGCACUAUUAUUUAUUUACUGUCUUACAUACCUACCUACACACUUACUAUGUAUGUACUUAGUACAUACGUAAAAACAUACGUCCUAAUGCAACUGGUUCGGGUAAAUAAUGGUCCAUCAGUCAGCUGAAGCCAUAUCUUAAGGACAUACAUUUUGCACCUUUUAUUUCAUUUCAUCCUUUGUGUUGGCCCCUCAGAUAAACUUUGUUCCUAAUUCCUUUAGGUCUGUGGUUUUGUGGCGUCAAUGAUGCAGUCUGAGUGUUUUCAAUGGAGAUGUCCAUUACUGUUUGACCAGCUCAAGUUUAUUGACAAGUUGAUGUUUUUUCCACUCAGUUCUGUUGAGUGGUUUGGUUUUGUAAUUGUAACUUAUGGCGGUUGCCUGGUCGGUUUUCUAUGGUUCAUGUUUUUGAUAUGGGUUUGUACAUUCCAUUUAUUUUUCUUUAAGAUAGCACUUUGACUUUAGCACAUCACACUACAACGUUUUGUAAUGUAGUAUUGACAAUUUGGCCCUAAAACUAAAAUUAUAUUAAUGUUCAGCCCUAAUAUGACUGGACCAAGAAAAGGUGUACCGGAUGCAAGAGUUCAUCGUUCAAUUUCCAAGCUUAAAGCUAAUGGGAAUUGAACUUCUAAGUCGGGCAGGUGGAGACGAUGUAGGGAUUUAAUGUUGCCUUUUUCCCCUUAAGCUUCAUUGUACACAGCCCCUCAAACUUAAAAUAAUGUUUUUUUGUCCUUUGUCAUUUUGCACCUUUGAAGCCUUAAUAAAGGUUUGUUCAUAUUUAACUACAUAUAAAUAUUUCUGAAUGAUGAGAUGAAAUUACUUGACCAUUUAUACAUCUAUCAACUUCCUUCAGUGGUUAGCCGAAAUACAUUAGAUUUUCUGCCCAUUGUUAGCAUUCCACAUCCUUCUCCCACAAUAAUCACUUGAUAAAAUCGGUUAAUGCGUUAUUAUAACAUUAAUAACAGAACACCAUUCAGUGUUGGCACAGUGGAGGCUUGCUUGGGUCUUUCUCUUUUCUGGCCAGGUGGGAAAUCCUGGUUCCUGCUCAGGUCAUUCGGUGACGGCCAGAACAAUGGUAAUAUAAAAGCACUUGAACAAACUAUAUUUAUUGAUUUGUUCCUUGGAACCCAGGUUUAACGAAAAGGAAAAACAACUCCAAAACAACAUUUGAAGUGCAAAUUCAGAAGCACUCCUUAUAAGUGUGGGCCCUUUCAAGGCACAAGAUAUUUGAAAUUGAAUAAGCUGGUCAAUAAAACAACAUUUCCUAUUUUUUGUCAAAGACCUUUUUUUAUUUUCAAUACAAAGUCUGACUCUCACUGCAGAUAUAAAAAUGGAGAGUUCGACUAGCAGCAGGGCUAAAUAAAAUACACAAAGUGGUGUGGGAACCUCUGGAGGUCAAAUGAGCGAUGAAGGGGAACACAAGUUAGCCCCAAAGGGAGAAAAAGAAAUUCCUCUAUUCAUAGUCAACGAGAAAGAAAAAAAUCAUUCAACAAUCAUUACUUACACUCCUUCCCCAAAUAUGUACACUAAAUGAUGAUUGAGGUGAAGAUGCUAUGCACAUUAUAUACCCUAUUAUU